UGAAGAGGCAUUAUGUAGGUGAUUUCCAUGUUUUGUCGAUACAUGAAUGCAAAAGAAGAGAAUCCUUAUCGCAGACACUUUUUUAAUCCAUACUUUGGGGAAAUAUGUGGUUCAAUGAGCAAGUCUACCUCAAAAUCAACACUCAAGAAAAGAUUAGGUAGCUAUUGUGUUAAUCUUGAAUGUUGCAACCAGUUUUAUAUCCCCUUAUUCCAAUUUAAUGAAUGGGUCAUCAUGGUAAUCAAUUUGGAGGCUAAAAGGGUGGAUCUACUUUCAUCAUAUAAUAGCAUUCAACGUGUUCACUUUGUUAAUGAAGCUUUCAAAGUAGUUGGAUUUAUGUCACAGUUAUUAAGAAAUUCCUUCAAACGGAAUGAUGUGAAUAUAAAUAAUUUACAUCCACAGUAUGCAGAUAUCGAUGGCGAUCCAAAAUUAUGUCAUACUGGGAUGUAUGCUAUUCUCUAUAUGCAACAUUGGGAUGGAAGUGGUCUUAAUAGAACCAUUAAUUCUGAACGCAUGAGCCUUGAAAGAUUGAAAUUUGCAACUCAUAUGGUUCUUGAUAGCGAAAACGAAAUUGGUGAAAUGGUUACAGCUAAUAUUUGGUCAACCAACGAUGCAGAAUAGUAUUGGGUAACCUUCACAAUUAAUUUCUUUUGUUUUAUUUCAUUCAAUUUUUUAACUAUACAUUCAAAUUUAAACUUCAACUUGGUCAUCGAUAGUGAAUAAUAGAUUUUGAGGCUAUGUCAUGUCUUUUUUAUGGUACAAUAGAAGGGAUAAGUUAUCAAGACUGCUUCCAAUGCAUGCAUGGUUCAUUUGACUACCAGGUUAGGUGCUAUCUCCUCCCUAUAUAUAUAAAACUAUAGUAAAUGACAUUUU